AUGCUUGAUGAAAAUAAAAUCGAUAUCAACGAUGUUAACUAUCACGAUAAUGCUGACAACCAACCUGAAUUAUUACGAGACCUAAAUGACCAAAAAUUAGCUCUUUUAAAUUUAGAAAGGAUGCUGGAAAGUAUUAAAACCAAAUACGGAUCCGAAAUUGAAGACGGACCAGAUUAUGAUAUUACUAACCCCGUAGAACUUGGGAAACCAAGUAUAGAAGAUGAUGAAAAUCCGACCAGAAACAGAGAAGCAACCGGAUUACAAGCCUAUCCGCAUAGUCCAAAUAAUGAUAUUAGAAAAAUUUUGUAUAAUUUAACUGAUGAUUUAAGAGAAGAAAUAGAUUUAUCAAUAGAAAAACUAAAAAUUUUAAGAAGAUUAUCCAAGUGUGGUAUAAGGAGAAAAUCGCAAAUUCAAAUCCUAAAAGCAGAAGGUUAUAAAGGAAAUGAUGAUGAAUUUAAAGAAUUUAAAAAACAGAGAGGGAAGUAUAAAGGAUUUCCGCUUUUAGACCCUAAUUUUAAAGUUACUUUAGACUCCUCUGAUAACGAAUUUAAAGUAGAAAAAGUAGACCCCGACAAAGUGGUUCGUUUUACCAAGGAAAAUAUUGAUAAUUUUCGAAAUCCUUUUACCAAUUAUGAUAUAUUUCGACGAGAAACAGAACUUAAAGAUAAUAGCGGUAAUUUAGUUAAAGAUAAACAUGUUAAUACUGAACCGAAGGAAUGUUUAGGUUUUCAACCGGGUGAUUUAAUUCUUAGAUUUAAAAACGAUAUAUACUAUCAUACUUAUAAAAAUGAUGAGGCCAUAAAUUUAGCUUUCUUUGGUAAGGAUUAUUAUUUUGCCCAAAGUGAAUUCAGUUCGGAUAAACGAAAAGAAAAUCCAAGAAACGGAUGGGUAAAAACUCCCAAUACCAAUUUAAAAUUCGAUGAGGCUUUCAAAGCCGAAUUGGACAAUGGAAGUUUAUGUUGCCAUUAUGAAACACUUUUAAGCUCGAACUUUGGUGAUAUGAAUGAAGAAAGUUUAAAAUCAAUGCAACUCAGAGCUUUGCAGCAUAAAAACUUUGAAACUGAAUUGGCGGGUUUUAAAAAUCGUGGUAGUGAACUAGCCAAAAAGAUUUAUGAAGGUUUGGAAGCAAAUAAAAACGGAUUUACCCAAGCAGUAUUUUCUGAACUAAAAAAUCUUGUAAAUCUGCUAGACGAGGCUUUUGGAACUGUAAAACCUAACACUAAAAAUGACUUAAAUAAUUUUGUCGGUAGCAGUGACACCAACAAAAAAAAGGCCUUAGAAAUCGCAAAGCAGGUUAAAAAACAAGAAAGUGACACAGAAGACUGUGUAAAAACUGCUGUGGAAAAAUUAAAAUCUCCUCAGGAAAAUAAACUUGAAGAAGCCCGCCAAAAAUUAAAAGAUUUAUUAACUGAUCUGAAAAUUGGCGGACAAGACGCUUAUGAAACGGUAGUUGCAGAUAUUAAAAAUUCAGAAACAAACUUGAAUAAAACUAGCCAGAUUUUUGAAAAAUUGGAAGAGAUUAGGAAGGCUAGCCAAGAUGAUAACGAUGGUCAAAAUCAAGGUUAUGCAGAUGAAAUGCUAAAAAUGUUAAAAGACUGGGCGGAGAGAAGGAAAAAAACUCAUUACGAUAUUCAAAAUUCCAAAAACAAGGCCGAAUUCCAAGUGGCUAAGUCAGAAUUUGUUAAAAAACCCGAAUAUAGAAACAACCAAUCAGAUUACGACAAUAUUUACUUCCCUCUUUUAGAAAAAGCAGUCGAGAUUAGAGAAAAAGGAAAUGGUGCCAAUGAGGAUGAAAAGAAUUUAAGCCAACUAAUGACUGUUAUAAUGUCAGAUUAUAAUGAUUGGAAAGAACAAUUAGGAGAUUUAGAAAAUAAACUUGCGAAAAUAAAAAAUUAUGUCGAAGGAGGAGCCAAACAUAAUGUUAUCCAAAGUUAUUCCAGCACUCAAAAAAUUGCCCUUAAAGAACUUGUCAAUAAAAUGGAAAAGAAGUUUUCUGAAUGA